AUGAAGGCGUUCGGAUUGGCAGUUCUGUUCCUUGCGCAGACCGUUGCUGGUCUGACGGCUGCACAAUGGCGCAGCCAGUCGAUCUAUUUUCUCAUGACAGAUCGAUUUGGACGAACCGACAAUUCGGUGACAGCUUCUUGCAACACAAAUGACCGGGUGUAUUGUGGUGGAAGCUGGCAAGGGAUUAUAAACCAUCUGGACUAUAUCCAGGGGAUGGGAUUCACUGCCAUCUGGAUCACCCCUGUCACUGAGCAGCUCCCCCAAGACACGGGAGACGGCGAAGCAUACCAUGGGUACUGGCAGCAGGAAAUAUACAACGUUAACACCAACUACGGCACUGCUGCCGAUCUUCAGGCACUUUCAAAGGCCCUUCACAGCCGGGGCAUGUACCUGAUGGUCGACGUGGUAGCAAACCACAUGGGCUAUGCUGGAGCCGGGAACACCGUGGACUAUAGUGUCUUUCAGCCAUUCAGCUCCUCCUCAUACUUCCACCCGUACUGUCUAAUCAGCGAUUACUCGAAUCAAACAAAUGUGGAGGACUGCUGGCUUGGAGAUACCACAGUCUCACUACCCGAUCUCGAUACAACUCAGUCUUCGGUACAGACGAUAUGGUACGACUGGGUGCAUAGCCUAGUCUCAAAUUAUUCCAUCGACGGUCUUCGCAUUGACACUGUCAAGCACGUCCAAAAAUCAUUCUGGCCCGGAUAUCAGAGCGCAGCCGGCGUCUACUGCGUUGGUGAGGUCUUCAGUGGGGACCCAGCUUAUACUUGCCCCUACCAAAAUUACCUUGACGGUGUCUUGAACUAUCCAAUUUACUAUCCGCUACUCAAUGCUUUCAAGUCAUCGAGUGGGAGUAUCAGCAGUCUUUCCAGCAUGAUCAAUUCCGUUGCAUCUGACUGCGCGGAUCCAACCUUGCUUGGUAACUUUAUCGAGAAUCAUGACAACCCGCGGUUUGCUUCGUACACGGGCGACUACUCACAGGCCAAGAACGUUAUUUCGUUCAUCUUCCUGUCUGACGGCAUUCCGAUUGUGUACGCGGGACAGGAACAGCACUACAGCGGCGGCAAUGACCCUGCCAAUCGUGAAGCAACCUGGUUGUCCGGAUACUCCACCAAUGCUCAGUUGUAUCAAUUUAUCUCUUCCACCAACAAGCUCCGCAGUCUUGCCAUCUCCAAGGAUACAGGUUACAUCACUGCAAAGAACAACGCUUUUUACACCGAUAGCAAUACCAUCGCGAUGAAAAAGGGAUCUGCCGGCUCCCAAGUGGUCACCGUCCUCUCGAACCGCGGCGCCUCGGGUAGCUCGUACACCCUGAGCCUCGGUGGAAGCGGUUACGCCGCGGGCACCAAGCUCGUGGAAAUGUACACUUGCACAGCGGUCACCGUGGACUCAAGCGGCAACAUCCCAGUAUCCAUGACCUCGGGACUGCCCCGGGUCUUUAUGCUGGCGACCUCUGCAUGCUCCCUCUGCAGCUCCGCGUGCUCGACCAGUGCGACCACGCUCAAGACUACCACGACGACGGCGACGGCGACGGCGACGGGGACCAGCUGCACGCAGGCCACUGCGCUGCCCGUCUUGUUCCAGGAGAUAGUGACCACUUCCUAUGGACAGAACGUCUACCUCGUCGGCUCGAUCAGUCAGCUCGGUAGCUGGAACACUGCGAAUGCUGUUGCGUUGUCAGCGGAUAAAUAUACGUCUUCCAAUCCUCUGUGGUACACGACGGUGACACUGCCCGUGGGCGCGACGUUCCAAUACAAAUUCGUCAAGGAGACGAGUGGCUCCAGCUCUUUGACCUGGGAAAGUGAUCCGAAUCGGUCGUAUACGGUUCCCACGGGAUGUGUGGGCUCUACAGCGACGGUCACGGCUACAUGGAGAUAG